AUGGAUGCUGUUACAUACUCCUUCCAUAGAGAUGUUGUGAACAUGCUCCCUGGAGGAAUGGCUAUUAGCCGAGGCCCAUCUUAUGAGAAGCAGCUGCCACCUACUACAAAACUUUCUGUCUGGAUACCACGAAUACUGCAGCAAGUGUUCACACAUUUCCCUCAUUCUCCACCAAGAGAAGCAGCUGCCACCUACUACAAAACUUUCUGUCUGGAUACCACGAAUACUGAAUCAAGCACCAUGCCAGAGAUAGUCCCUAAGAACAAAGCCCCAGGGGUUGAUUUCUGUGGGGUAGAUGAAUAUUACUACAUUGUCCGCUCAGACCUGGGCUGCUACAUGAGGUCCACCAAUUUCCACGAGGGCAAAGACCUCGAAGUGUUUAGCCUGCACAGUUCCUGCCAGGGAGGAGAUCACUACUUAGCCCAUGAGGAUGACCUAUUCUACAUCAUCAAAGGAGACAACUAUCGCCGUGUCAGCAACAUGAAUGCAGACUUAGGUUCUGUAGUAUACAGCCUCCAUCCCAACUGCCGCGGAGGGGACCAUUACCUCUCAGCCUUUGGAUCCUUCUAUAUCAUUUUCCAGAAAAGAGGUGUUUACCGUCGGGUCAGUAAUAUGCAUGAUGAUACAGAUGCAAUUGAAUACACACUUCACCCACUUGCAGAUGGUCUCUAUUCUGGGGCAUCAGAAUUACUAUUACUUUGUAAACCCCAUGAUGAAUGGGGGGUCAUUACUAUAGAUGCACGAUCUCCACGGAAAUUUGUGCUGCUUACUACUCUUCCUAGGGAUGUUGUGACAUCUCCUGAGGAUGGCUAUGCUAGGCCCAGUUAUGGUAGUGGAAGCUAUCAAGCAUUCAAAUGA